UAACAUAACAAACGUCAGUCAGCAACGAACGUCAACCCAAUGAAAUUGAUUUGUUUGUUCAAGGUUGUAGGACUAUGCAAUUUUAAAUUUAAUGCUCAUAAAUUAAUUACUUUUGUUUCCAUAGGAGUAAGAGAUACAAUUAAAUCUUUUAAUCAUGGGGGACGGACCGAAUCCAGACGACCAUCAGAUGCUCAAAGCCUUGUACGACUUCGAGGCAACCCUUGCUAAAACUUUAAGUUUCUCCGAGGGCGAAUAUUUCUUUCUUCAGCAAAAUAAUACGAAGCAAAGAAACUGGUGGCAUGUCGCCAACAGAAAGGGUCUUGUUGGAUUCGUACCGUCUAAUUAUGUGGCUUCGGUCAAGGUGGAGCCUGAAUUCUACUUGUUGUUCUUAAAUGACUGUAUAAAGUCUCUGAAUGAGAACAGCUUUACAUCUACACAAAAGCAAGAGUUAUUAGCUAGAUUGACUGAAAAGAGAAAGCAAAUUGAAAUGUCUAUGAAACCGCAUAGUAAGAAAGCCCAAGCACCCAAGCCUCCACCGAGGUUGGAUGAUGGCACACCUCCUAAUGGAGUAUCACCGUCAUUUGACUUGAGACCUGUAGUGUCACAACAACAAAUUAAUGAAGAACGAGAGUCUACCAAUUCACCACGAAGAUCAUCCAACAACAAUAAAGAUAUAGAAGAUAAAAAUGGUGGAAAGCAGAAGAAAGUAGUUGGCAAAACAUCUUCCAACCAAUUUUCGUCUGACACCGAUAACCAGGAUGACAGUCAAGAUAGCAGUGAGAGCAUAAAACCAAACGCCAUUUAUGAAAUUGUGCAAGCAGUACGAAAAGAAACUCAACUCAGUCACGACAUGUCAAAAGUUGCCGUGGAAACUGUACUGAUCUCAUUAAGAGAAUUUCUCCCUGGAGGUGCGGCAAGGUCAAUAAUAGAUGCACUCCUACGCGAAGCAAACAGUAAUAUCACAUGUCCGAAGAAUGCCAUUGACGCAGCCCCCGAUGCCUUGCGAAUGAUGACAGCUUUAAACUCACUGUCAAAGGCGGCAAACGACGCGCAACAACGAGGCUGGGCUUUACAUGACGACGCGCACGAUAUACAGACUCAACUCCUAGAGCUUAUAUCAGUCAUGUCCAAUGCCGAUGUGAAUAUCUCUCAGCAUGUGUUAAGCAGCCAUAAGUAUGCAUAUGUAACAACACUUGUCCAGUAUUAUCAAAUGGAGACGAGAUGGCCUCUCCGACAGCUACUUUUGCAGGCAUUUGGCGUAAUGUGCGGCCUAGAACGUACAGCCCUCGCUACUCUCGCAUUGUCGUCGCUACCCGCCGAAAUAGCUCGUGACAUGAUUGACAACCCCCGCGCUGUCAGCCGGCUGUCACACUCUGCACUGUUGUUAUCGAUGGUGUUGUCUAUGGGCGAUAGGUUGCCAGUCACGCACUUCGAACAACUCGGAGUGGAGUUUGCUCAAUUCCUCCUCGAACUAAUCGAGAGUCCACCGGAAACAGAUGAGAACGAACAGAUCCCAGAUUUGUUCCUGACUCUGCUGCUGGCUUACAAUCUUCAAUUCGAGCAGCCUAACGAGAACUUAUUGCUCAAUGCUUUAGAAACCAGGGACAACGCCAAGACUUUCUGUGAAAAAGUCCUCCUGUUGCUCAAUAGGGAAGAAGACCCAGUGCAUAUAUUCGACCACGAACCAGCGCCUCCACACUCUGUAUUGAAGCUGGUCAUAGACCUAUUCAGUCGCAAGAAGACCGCCGAACACUUCUACACCAACGAUGUGAAAGUGGCCAUAGAUAUUAUACAGCGGCAACUCGCGGAUUUGUCGCCGGGAGACGAGCGCCGACGCCAAUACCUGAAAAUCUUACAAGGCAUAGUUCGCAAUACGGACUACGAAUCGCACCACCAUCGCCAGCAAGACUUAUUGCGAUGCUUUGCCCGAAUCUUCUGCGAAGAAAACGACGCGAGUCGCGAAGACCAAGCUUUAGUUCGUGCUAUAUCGAACGAGUUCCCCCAGUACUUCAUGGCCUAAGGUUUGAACACCUUUGACUAUUAAUAAACAUUUCAGGACGCCAGUCAGUCCCAUCGUUGAAAAAUGAGAAGCAUUGAUCGAGAUGUGGAAGCAAUUCCGAAGAAGUAUUACGCAUAAAAAAUCACUUUGAAUUAGUUACGUGAUAACAGGUAAAUAUUUGGUGAUUAGAAUUUAACUAUUUAAAGUGAUUUAAAAGUGGUCUAUUCGUUUGCGUUGUGUGCUAUCUAAUCUGCGCCUAUACGUCUUAUUAUAGGUUAUCUCGUAUUAUAAUAAAGGCGUGCGAAAGAUAUGUAGAUACUGCUAUCUUUGUCAUAAGUAUUUAUUGCUAUUAGUACUCUUUCAAUCAUUUUUAAAUCAUUAAUAUCGGGUAACUUAAUAAUGCUAAUUCUACAAGAGAUCAGCUCUCUUUGUUUAAGUUUGAAUGACGUUACUAUUGGAAGGCACUGAGUAUUUGCGGAUUUUCUCUGUGAUGUAACUUCUUUAUCAAUGACGUAUUUAAGUGACAUUCCUUAGAGAAUAUUGAGAUUAUUUCUCUUCGUACUUAGACGAAAUUUUUUCGGAAAGAAGAUAUUGUUAAACUAUUAAAUAAUACUUGUAAUUCGUUCUAUAUAUUUGAUCGUGAUCAUGUCCAUCGCGAAAUAAAGUCACUGUCGUGAACCAAUGUAACCUCGCGCUGAGUAUCGAUGUGGUUUGAAUAAAAUGGCUAGAUAUUUGUAUUUAUCUGUUUUGUGAUCUCAUAAUGUUAUAUAAAUUGGAUUGACACUAUAAUUUGAACAAAAUGUUGAUAUUUUUUCAACUCCUGAUGUAAUUAAUAAUAUUCGCACAAUUUAUUUGGCAUGCAUAAAGAUUAAGCCUUAAUUAAUACGCAUAAAAGUUAAAUUUUCCCAACUCAAUUAACUUGCACAAGAUAGUCACUGUUUACUGUAUGUACGUAUUUAAGUAAUUUUUAUAUUACUAAGUCAUAAUAACGGAACAGUUUCUUAUGAUAUUUGUUAAGAUUGUGUAUCACAUUGUGCCAUUAUCUGCCAAAGAUUUUCUAUAUUUAACAUGUUUAAUUUAUCAAAUAGUACCUACAUAUUAUAUUAUUGUCAUGUAGACAGUCAAUUACACAAUGCUUUAAAACAUUUUCCAUCCCAGAAUAAAAUAUAGUUGACAAAAUUUCAAUAUUUACAGCAAAUAUGAUUGAUUCGUUUCGGCCUAAUUGAACAAAAAAUAAAUAAAUAUCUUUUUAAAAUAAUGAUAAGUACUCAUACUUUUAAUAAUGGUACCUACAAUCACUGAAAAAAUCAAAUUAAUCAGUAAACAAAAAGUAAAAAAAUAUAUAAAAAAUAUUAAGAUUUAAGUAAUUUUUUUGAGUAAGUACUGAAGUUUGAUUGAGCCUAAAUAUUUUUCUAAUUAUAAAACUUUUCCAUUCAUGUACUUACGACAUUUUCACAAAUUGCAUUUAUAUUGUAUCACAAAGUAAAUAGUAUGAUUAAUAAUUUACGACGUAUCUAAAGAAUUUUCGAUAUAUAAUAUUGAUUAACUACAAAAUAUUUAAAUAGUUUAAUUACUUAUAGUAAAUCCCACCGUGUUGAAUAGACAUAAAACUUUAUUUGGUGUAGUAGACAUAUCCUACCUACGACUAAAUCAUUGUUAGAUUUUAUUUUAUUUACGUAGAUUUAAACGUAAAAGAAAUAAAACAAUACCAAAUUUACCCAAAAUUGGCAAGAGCUAACUAUGUCGGUAAACUGUACUAUGUCCAAUGUGGCAUGCGAGUUCUGCCUCUCACAAUUUAAUGCAACUUUAAUAAUUAUGUAACGAUAUAUAUGUUUUUCAGUUGAAAACCCCAUUUACAAAUUUAUUUAGAUUUUUAAUAUUUUUUUGUUCUCGUUAUAUUGCAGUUUACAAUCAAUAGGGGGAAAACGCAAAGGUCAUUACAAAUGGCGUUGCAUUCGUGUGACCCAUAAAAAUCAAUCUGACAGUUCAAAUCUGUCGACCUGGUACGGUUUUUCUUCCGAAAUUCUAUUUCUUAUUUUUUCACUAACAGUAAAAGUAUAUCAAUUGGACUGUGAAACACAUAAAAUACUUGCGGGUCAAAGAAAAGAUGCGGACGCCAAAGGAUUAUAAAACAGACCGUCAGAAGUGAGUUACGGGUAAUUUCUACUAAAAAACAAGUUUAAAAUUUACUUGAAAUAUGCUAAAAUAUCUAACAUUAUUUAAUAGCUUUUGGUUGCCCGACACCGUCUUCCAACCAGUGUAAAUAUUGCUUUAAAUAUUCUGACCGAAUUCGAGUAAUGUCUUUUGUGCAUCCGAAUACGGGCGAACGGCCAAAUGUAGUUGCGCCAUAACUUUAAAACUUUCUGAAUAGAUUAUAAAUUUCAGUUAAAAUAAACUGUCAGUUUUGGGUAAGUUGACCUGGUAAUGUCUAUACAGUAUCCAGUAUCAGUACAAUAAAGUGAUGUUAGCAAUAAUGUUGGUUUGGAGAACCAGCAAGUUCAAAAUUAUAAGUGAUAUCAUUACCAAAAUUAUAAUUGUUGCUUAAAACUAAUAAUAUUUAUCCCAUUGUUAAAGUUUUGAUCACUGUCGACCAAUAUUUCAGGGUUCAUCAGAGUUAUUGCAUUUAUGGUACUCUGAAUAUGUUAAAAUGUAAAAAAGACACUAUUAUAAAGUACUUCAUUAUAGAUUUUAAGUGUCGAUAAAUGAAAAUAGUGUGUUAUUUUAUUACUUAAUUAUAUUACAAAUUUAUAAUGACAUCAGAAUCAGUGUCAAUAAAUUAUGGAAGUCGUAUUUAUAAAUAUUGAUUAUAUUUAAAAGUUUUAUUCGAAAGUAAUCUCGUUAGAUAUAUGCUAAAUUUAUAAAUUAUUACUUUGAAGGUCGGUGCUCAAAAAACCCAAGCCAAAUUUUGUGUAACGGAAAAAAGAGUUUUUGGUGUUUUGAUUUUUAUUUUUUUGUAACUGAGUGACUUAUUUAAAUUGUAUUAUUUUGUAAAGUGAUAUGAAUAAGGCUUACCCGUCUACAUUAACUAUUUUAUGCAUUUGAUAAUACAUUGCAUGUAUGUUUAUGUGUAUGUAUGUAUGUAUGUGUAACUUGUUCGAGCAACUUAUCUUUGCUAUUAAUUAGCUACUGUUAUAGAAACGUUUGUCAGAUUAAAACAUGAAUAAAAGUGUUCUCGUCA